AUGGCAAAUAACCAGCACAUGGGGACUUCGAACCUAAAUGAAAACGAGGCUAUGCUUACGAACCGCGUUGCAGAGUUGGAAAGACGUAUGUCGAUGUUUGAAGGUAUAUUUCACGCGUUAAGUAACCGUCUCGACCUUCACUUCAAAAAAUAUGAUGUAGUAGUAAAUUCGCAACAGCAACAAAUCAACGAACUAACCGCGUUUUUAUCGACAUUACUGAACGACCAACAACGCCAUGCUGAAAUACUUAGUGAGAAACUGGCUGGAACGUUGCACGGAGUGUCUGCUACGUCAAUAUCUUUAAGUCAGACUCUUGAACCACAAGGCUUUACCGAUGGACCUACGGCAGCAAACACUCAGAGAAACUAUUCCUCAGUGUCUAUAAAUAAUAACGAAACUGCACACUCACAAAAUGAAGCGGCUGUCAGCAACGAAACCCUAUUCGAGGACAUUUUGAAUGGAAAUUCACAGGAAAAUGAUAAGAGUCAACAACAGCCUAACAGCUCGAAUCAAAUUACUCAAGAAAACAACAAUAACCCGUCCGUGAAUACUCGUUUUAGCAAGCCGCAGAAUUACAAUCCCAGUCUGGUCACAUCUCUGGAAGAUUAUUCAACGAAUCCACCUAACAAUGAUAAUGGUCAGAGCCAAGGACUAUACAUGAGUAGCACGUCUUCCCAAUCACAGCAGUCUCCUAAUCUGCAGAAAAUUUCUCCUAAUCGUGAAAACGCAGCAGAGUCAAAUGUACAAGAGAGCGUACCGACAUUUGAAGAGGAGCAGUAUGAAACCAAAACUGGACUCAAAAGAAAACGAAUAGUUUGUACAAGACCAUUCGAAUUUAUCAAAUCACCACAUUCAGUGAUGGAGGUUUGGAAGGAGUAUACUGAAGGUGUAAACGGGCAGCCUUCCAUACGGAAAAUGGAAGCUCUUUAUCAAACAGCAUGGAGGCGGGAUCCAGCGGUGAAUAAACGAUAUUCGAGGCGGAAAGUUCUUUGGAAAGCUAUUCAAACUGGUCUUAAUCGUGGCUAUUCAUUAAAUUAUGUUGUAGAAAUUCUAGAAAACUCAAGAUAUGUUAACGAUAAACAGAAGGUUAAACAGCCUAUUGGUUGGUUAUGUCACAGUUCUCAUAUUCCAGAAACUUUAAAGUGA